AUGGUUUUGUUGAAAGUCUCACCUUGGAAAGGCAUAGUAAGAUUUGGAAAACGUGGAAAGUUGAACCCGCGUUACAUUGGACCCUUCGAAAUUUUGGAAAGGAUCGGAACCAUUGCAUACAAGCGGAAGUUUCCAGAAGAACUUCCUAGUGUCCACGACAUGUCUCACGUGUCUAAACUCAAGAAAAGUGUUACUCAAGAAACAUUCGUCAUUCCCGCAUACAAGAUUCAGGUCAACGACAAACUCCAAUUCACCGAAGAACCUGUUGAGGUUAUGGACUGGAAGGUCCACAAAACAUGGAGAAGUCGUAUUAAACUCGUCAAAGUUCGUUGGAACUCACGUCACGGCCCCGAGUUUACGUGGGAACGUGAAGACCAGAUCAAGUCUGAGUACCCGCAUUUAUUUCACAACUCCCCUGCAACCGAUAACGCAGCUUGA